GGCCAAACAAAACCACGAAGACAUGGGAAGUUUUGUACGAGCGAAAAAGCCUGUACUAAUCACUCCUUCCCAGCCCACCCCUUCCCACAUCCUCUCUCUCUCCUCUCUCGACUCUCAGCCUUUCCUUCGUUUCACCAUCGAGUAUUUACUCGUCUACAGGAUUCCCCACGGCUUGGACAAGGACGCGACUGUGGCUCGAGUCAAAUCCGCAGUGGCUCGAGCCCUGGUUCCUUACUACCCUCUAGCUGGCCGAGUCAAGGCUCGGCCGGAUGGCUCGGGGCUCGACGUCGUGUGUCGAGCCCAGGGUGUCGGCUUCAUCGAAGCUGUGUCCGACUGUAGCCCGUCGGAGUUCGAGAGGGCCCCGCGGUUCGUUACUCAGUGGAAGAAGUUGUUGUCAUCAUUCGAGUUAUUCAAAUCGGUCCCGCCGGUCGUUAUCCAGCUGACGUGGCUCAACGACGGUUAUGCCGCCUUGGGCGUCGGGUUCAGUCACUGUGUUUGUGACGGCAUUGGCAGUGCCCAGUUUUUGAACUUGUUUGCUGAGUUAGCCACUGGACGAGUUAAACUCAGUGAGUUCGAACCAAAACCGGUGUGGGAACGUCACCUUCUUGAUUCUACGAGUCGGGCGGUCCCCGGUGCCCACCCCGAGUUCGUCCGAGUCCCGGACAUUUCCGGGUUCGGCUCUCGGUUCUGCCAAGACCAACUCAGUCCCACCUCGGUCACAUUCGACAGAAAACAGAUCAACGAGUUGAAAAAACUCGCGUCCGCGGGUCGACCCAGUGAGGCCCAACACACGUCGUUUGAAGUUCUCUCAGCGCACGUGUGGAGGAGCUGGGCCAGGGCGUUAAACUUGCCACCCAAGCAAGUGCUGAAACUCUUGUUCAGCAUCAACGUUCGAAACCGAGUCAAGCCGAGUCUACACGCCGGCUACUACGGCAACGCAUUCGUACUGGGUUGCGCCCAAACUAGCACCAAGGAAUUGACGGAAAAGGGACUGGGUUACUCCUCGGGACUAAUCAGGCGGGCCAAGGAGCGAGUGGGGGACGAGUACGUGAGAGAAGUGGUGGAAUCGGUGUGCGGGUCAAGGCGGGCGAGUCCUGACUCGGUGGGGGUGUUGAUCGUGUCGCAGUGGUCAAGGAUGGGGCUGGACCGGGUUGACUUCGGGAUGGGGAGGCCGGUUCACGUGGGGCCGGUUUGCUGCGACAAGUAUUGUUUGAUUUUGCCGGUUCAUGAUCGGACAGACGCUGCGAAGGUCAUGGUGGCGGUCCCCGGAACUGGCGUCGACCGAUACGAGUAUUUGAUCAGGAGCCCGUACUCCUGAAGAGGGCUUGAUCAAUUCUUGUUGACCUUUUUGUGGAGUAGUUUGACAAUUUUAGUUCAACCGGUAGUCUGAUUCUCAUCUGUGGGGAAUUUUUCGAGGAAUGUGCUUUGUUUUCUCGGGACAUGCAUGUAGGAGUAGCUUUUACUAAAGGGGAAGAGAAUAUAUCUUUUAAACCGACGUUUCGUCUACACGGAGGAGUUGUUUACGGAGGUGAAUUACACGUGUUCGUUUAUCUUUUAAAUUGUUCAUAUUUAAAUUAAAUUUUUUCAAGAAA